AUGAUCAAUCAGUGGCGAUCGAUGAUGGACAACCUGAGCGACGUUUACUAUCUGGUGCAGCUGAUUGUUCGCCAAGUAUUCGUCUACUUACAGGACUUGAUCCUGUACAAAUUCUUCUGGCUGGCGAACGACGAUUUCAAUUCGACCGGUUCGAAGCUGCGCGGCCUCGCCGCCAAAAACAUCACCGCUGACAUUCUAGCGUUCUCUAUCAUAUGUACCAUUCUGUUUCUUCUCGCGAUGCUCGCGUCGAAUUGCGAGAAGGAAAGUGGACGGCUUUACGCAUCCGCCGGAAUCGAAACAGUGUCCGUGGACUUCCAAGAGAAUCCAUGCUUCGUCACGAGCGCGAGUUCGAGCACCAGCAACUGUUUCCACGCUUGCGGGGACUCGAUUCUACCGCUGGGAUCGAUUCCAAAAAGGAAUUUCUCGGACGAGAGUUUCUCCCGCAUACGAUCCAGCAAUCGAGAAAGGAUCAGGAGUAUCCUCAGACGAUCGAUUUUCGGCGUGAGCGGCGGCGGCGUUCAGAUACACAACUCCCAGAGCACCCAAACGGAGAAGUUGGUCGAUAAAAUUAAUCAGACGUGGUUGAUCCGACGGACGAGGAGCGGUCAGAUUUAUGGAAAAUACCCUGGAUAA